AUGAAGAGGGAUUAUCCUCAGCUUGUGAAAGUUUCCACCAUCAAGGAGACUGAUGGGGAAGAGAAUGAGACCUUGAAGCUUGGUUCCAUCAUUAGUUCCAUGGAGAUCAAGAAGAGUCUCAAGAAGAAGCGACUGAUAUAUAACAAGUACCUGAUCCCGUUGAUUACUGACUUGUUUGAUCAACUUGGUGAUGUAAGGUGGUUCACCAAGUUGGAUUUACGGUCCGGAUAUUAUCAAGUCAGAUUAGCCGAGGGUGAUGAACCGAAGACUGAAUGUGUGACGCGCUACGAUUCGUAUGAUUUUCUAGUGAUGCCUUUUGGCCUCACAAAUGCCCCUUCUACCUUCUGUACAUUGAUGAAUAAGGGCUAUUCCAUGAUUGACACACCUUCAACCGAGUUGCUCAAGAAGGACAAGGUGUGGGAGUGGAGCACGGAGUGCCAGGAGGCUUUUAAAAAGAUCAAGGAAGCCAUGGUGAGUGAGCCCGUAUUGGUGUUGCCAGAUUACACCAAGCCUUUUCUAGUUUUCAUCGAUGCAUCCGAUGUUACCUCUGGUGGAGUCCUUAUGCAAGAGGGAUAUAUGGUUGCAUAUGAGAGCUGGAAGCUCAAUGAGACCGAGAGGAGAUGGCUUAAGCCGGAGGUUUUCGAAUAUGAGGGACCAAAUCCGUCAGCACACAAGGUUGCCAAGGAGUGGCAUGAGAAACAUGAUUUAGCCCGAGCUUGUUUGCACAAGGCGAGGAAGCGGACCAAGAAGUGGGCCGACCAAAAGCGUAGGGACGUGAACUUUGAAGUUGGCAAUCUUUUCCUUGCGAAAUUGGCCAAUGUUUUGCGCAACGCAGAUGUGCACAAGGGGCUUGUACGAAGGUACGAGGGUUCGUUUCGAGUUGUGAAGUGGGUAGGCACCAUGGCCUACAAGUUGGAGUUACCUCCAACCAUCCGAGCGCAUCCCGUGAUCUAUGUUAGUCUAUUCAAGCCGUACUAUUAG